UCAACACCGACUCAACACCGGCUCAACACCGACUCAACACCGGCUCAACACCGACACCAACACCGCACCCUACCAGCAAGCGAGAUCAAGAUGGAGCGUUUGAAGCCCGGAGAGAUGAACCUGGGAACCACCAUCAUGGCGGUCCAGUACAAAGACGGUGUCAUUGUUGGCGCUGACUCGAGAACCACGAUGGGCUCCUAUAUCGCAAACAGAGUCACCGACAAGUUGACACCAAUCCACGAUCGCAUCUUCUGUUGCCGCAGUGGAAGUGCAGCCGACACCCAAGCCAUCGCCGACAUCAUCCACUACUACCUUCAAAUUUACACUGUCCAGCACGGCGAGGCCCCUCGUGUCGAGACGGCCGCCAGACUAUUCAAGGACAUUGUCUAUCAAAACAAGGACAGUCUUUCUGCUGGAAUCAUCGUCGGCGGCUGGGACAAGCAUGACGGGCCAAGCGUCUACUCGAUUCCGCUGGGCGGCUCGCUGCACAAGGGCCCCUUUGCGAUUGGUGGAUCGGGCUCGACCUACAUCUAUGGCUACUGCGAUGCCCACUACCGAGACGGCUUCACCCGGGAAGAGGCCAUCGAGUUCACCAAGAGCGCGAUCGCGCUGGCAAUGUCAAGAGAUGGCUCGUCCGGUGGCUGUAUUCGCUUGGCGGUAAUAACCGAGGGAGGGGUCGAGCGCAUUUUUGUCCCUGGAAACCAGCUGCCCACCUUCUGGGAGGGCUAAUGCAUCCGGUGCGAACCUGCCACUUGCAUCCCCGACACCAUUACAAUCUGCGAGUUGCAAUCAAGGAGCAUUUGUCUGCGUGAUGGUCGGAUGUUGCAAUACAAAUCCUCCUUGGUACAUCGUCA